AUGGCGUACAAUGUGUGUGCAGCUCUGGAAUAUUUUCAUGCAACGGCCUUUAAGGGUUGCAUAUGUGAACUUUUGAUCAUCCCAGAGACAGCUACUAGUUUGACCGUCCAGACCAUAACAUAUGCAAAGAAUCCACGUCUGAAAGAGUUGACAGAAGAGUAUCCUGGUCGUGUCAUUUUCGUUCCUCUCACUGUCGGCGACGAGGCGAGCAUGCGUAAUGCUGUGCCUGUUGUUGAGAGUGCCCUCAAGGACAAAGGACUGAAUGGGCUGGAUGUUCUCAUCAAUACUGCCGGCAUCAUGGGCGCGGCUCAUGCGGAGGAAAUGUCCGACUUGGAUGACGUUUUUCAUGUCAACGAUACUGGCCCUCAUAUGAUGAUCUUGAUCUUUCUGCCUCUUCUACGGAAUGGUAAUGAGAAAAAGGUCAUUAACUGUAGGUUUAUCUACGUCUAG